GAUGGCGCGGGCGAAGGACACGAAGGAACGGAUGGCCGGGGUGGAGCGGCUCCACGAGCUCCUGGAGGUGACGCGGAAGGCGCUCUCGGCGGCGGAGGUGACGGCGCUUGUUGACUGCUGCAUGGAUCUGCUCAAGGACAACAACUUCCGCGUCGCCCAGGGCGGGCUCCAGGCCCUAUCCUCUGCCGCUGUGCUUGCCGGCGACCACUUCAAGAUCCACUUUAACGGUCUCCUCCCCGCCAUCGUUGAGCGCCUCGGUGACGGCAAGCAGCCCGUCAGGGAUGCCGCGCGCCAACUUCUCAUCACUCUCAUGGAGGUUUCUUCACCAACCAUCAUUGUUGAGAGGGCUGGCAGUUAUGCCUGGACUCACAAAAGCUGGAGAGUAAGGGAAGAAUUUGCACGUACAGUUGCAGCGGCUGUUGGUCUUUUUGCGUCCACAGAGCUACCUCUUCAACGAGUUCUACUUCCACCUGUUUUGCAGUUGUUGAAUGAUUCUAACCAAAGUGUCAGAGAAGCUGCUACUUCAUGUAUUGAGGAAAUGUACAAGCAUGUUGGUUCCCAAUUUCAUGAGGAGCUGCAGCGUCACCAUCUUCCUUCAUCUAUGAUGAAGGAGAUAAAUAUGAGAUUAGAGAGAAUAGAACCUAAGGUUCAUCAAUCUGAUGGGGCAGGAAGUAAAAUGAUUUCCACGGAUGUCAAAUCUGUUAAUGUUAACCACAAAAGGAGUAGUCCAAGGACGAAGAGCACCCCACGAGAAAGCACAUUGUUUGGAGGAGAACCUGAUAUUACUGAAAAGCCAGUGGAGCCCAUUAAAGUGUAUUCAGAGAAAGAAUUAAUAAGGGAGAUAGAGAAGAUUGCAUCCACUCUUGUCCCAGAAAAAGAUUGGUCACUUCGGAUUGCUGGCAUGCAAAGAGUUGAAGCUCUCGUCUUUGGAGGUGCUGCUGAUUAUCCGUCAUUUCUUAUGCUUUUAAAGCAGCUUGUUGCUCCUAUAUCCACUCAGCUAUCUGAUCGACGAUCUAGCAUUGUAAAACAGGCUUGUCAUUUGUUAAAUGUAUUAUCAAAAGAACUUCUGGGGGAUUUUGAGGCUUGUGCUGAAAUAUUCAUUCCGAUACUUUUCAAGCUUGUUGUGAUUACUGUCCUUGUGAUUGCUGAAUCUGCUGACAACUGCAUAAAAACUAUGUUGCGGAAUUGCAAGGUCGCGCGUGUUCUUCCUCGGAUAGCUGAUACUGCAAAGAAUGACCGAAGUGCAGUUCUUCGUGCUAGGUGCUGUGAAUAUGCACUUCUAACACUAGAGUACUGGGCAGAUGCCCCGGAAAUACAGCGCUCGGCUGAUUUGUAUGAGGAUCUUAUAAAGUGCUGUGUAGCAGAUGCAAUGAGUGAGGUACGUUCAACUGCUAGAACUUGCUACCGGAUGUUCACCAAAACUUGGCCAGAACGUUCACGCCGACUCUUUAUGUCAUUUGACCCUGUUAUACAACGGAUAAUAAAUGAUGAAGAUGGCGGUAUACACAAAAGAUAUGCUUCUCCUUCUCUGCGUGAGAGAGGGGCGCAGCUUUCACGCACUCCGUCUCAUGCUACUACGCAAUUACCUGGAUAUGGUACUUCAGCUAUUGUUGCAAUGGACAAGAGUGCCACUAUUCCUUCAGAACCAUCUCUCUCUUCAACAACUCUCCUUUUAUCACAGUCAAAGACAUUUGGUAAAAGCUCCGAACGAAGCUUGGAGAGCGUGCUUAAUGCAAGCAAGCAAAAGGUUUCGGCUAUUGAGAGUUUAUUGAAAGGUGUAAGCAUCUCAGACAAGCAGAAUUUCUCAGUUACACGAUCGACAAGCUUGGAUCUAGGAGUUGACCCUCCAUCUUCUCGUGAUCCACAAUUUCCUCUUGCUGCUCCUGCUUCAAAUCACCUGUCUUUACAGAAUUCUGCAUUAAUAGAUUCGACUAUGACCAGCACUAUGAGAAGUAGCAAUAGAAAUGGUGGUUCAAACUCACUAGAUAAUUCCAAGUUAUCUUAUUUGAGUCAUUUGUCGUCUGACUCUUUAUCAACAUUAGCAUUGCCUUACGCAAAAAGAUCUUCAGAAAGAUUGCAAGAAGGAAACUACCCUGAAGAGAAUACUGAUAUUAGGUCAACAAGGCAAUUCGCAAACAUGCAGAUUGACCGGCAUCUCCUCGAGAUGCCUUAUAGGGACUCUGGAUAUAGAGAUGCACAAAAUAAUUAUGUUCCAAAUUUUCAGAGACCUCUUCUGAGAAAACAAGUCACGGCUAGGGCUUCUGCAAGUGGCAGAAGCAGUUUCGAUGAUAGCCAACUUUCAGCUGGUGAAAUGUCAAGCUAUAUGGAUUCCCCGGCAUCUCUUACUGAUGCACUUAGUGAGGGCCUUAGCCCUAGUUCAGACUGGAUGGCCAGGGUUUCAGCUUUCAAUUAUCUCCGGACUCUGUUACAACUAGGUCCAAAGGGAAUUCAAGAAAUUAUGCAGAAUUUUGAGAAGGUCAUGAAACUAUUCUUCCGUCACUUGGAUGAUCCCCACCAUAAAGUCGCACAGGCAGCUCUUUCCACACUCGCAGAGAUUAUUCCAGCUUGUAAAAAGCCAUUUGAGAGCUACAUCGAAAGAAUUUUACCUUAUGUUUUUUCACGGCUGAUUGAUCCAAAGGAGUUGGUGAGGCAACCCUGUACAACAACCUUGGAAAUCGUCAGUAGGACAUACAGUAUUGAUACUCUGCUACCUGCUCUUCUACGAUCUUUAGAUGAGCAGAGGUCUCCGAAGGCUAAAUUGGCUGUGAUUGAGUUUGCAAACAAGUCCUUUAACAAGCAUAAGGUAGAUUCCGAUAAUUACAAUAAUAGCGGCUUUCUUAAGUUGUGGCUUUCUAAGCUAGCACCAUUGGUAAAUGAUAAGAACUCAAAACUGAAGGAAGCAUCAAUAUCAGGCAUCAUAGCAGUUUACUCUCACUUCGAUUCAUCUGCAGUUCUGAAUUUUAUACUUAGUUUGUCUGUUGAAGAACAGAAUGUAUUGAGAAGGGCACUUAAGCAGUAUACACCUCGUAUUGAGGUUGAUCUGGUGAACUUCCUGCAGAGUAAGAAAGAACGUCAGCGUCCCAAGUCCUUUUACGACCAAGCUGAUGCUGUUGGAACAUCUUCUGAGGAAGGUUAUAUUGUGACAUCAAUAAAGAAAAACCAUCAGUUUGGUCGGUAUUCGACAGGCUCCCUUGAUAGUGAAGGUGGGAGGAAAUGGAGUUCUGCACAAGAAUCCACCCUUCUGGAUGCAUCCAUUGGUCAAGCAACUGCUGAUCGAAUGCAAGAUCAAUUUAAUCAAAAUGCAGGGCAUGGCAUUGAAAUAAACAUUCCUGCUGGUAAAGGAGGUGAAUUGAAGAGCAAUGCUAAUUCUGUUGUGGAAAGUAUUGGCUCAUGGACAAAUAAAGUUGAAAAAUCAGAUAGUAAAAUGGAAAGUGAGAGCUCUAUCUCUACUCCACGUUUAGAUAUUAGUAGAUUGGUAGCUUCUGAUGGGCUUAAAGCUAUUGGCUUGACUCAAACCAGUGAAAGCAUUCAAGAUUCAAAUUCCAUUAAUGGGAAGCUUAGUUUUGUCAGGAACAGUCCCCAUGUUGAUAGCGGCCCUAGCAUACCCCAGCUUCUUCAUCGGAUUUGCAAUGGAAAUGAUGUUACUUCAAGCUUAGAGAAACGCGAAGCACUUCAGCAGUUGGUCCAAGCUUCUGUAGUUAAUGAUAGCUCCAUUUGGACCAAGUACUUCAAUCAAAUUUUAACAGCUGUGCUUGAGGUGUUGGAUGAUUCCGAUGCAUCCACAAGGGAGCUUGCUCUUUCUUUAGUAGCUGAAAUGCUUAACAAUCAGAAAGAUGCUAUGGAAGAUUCGAUUGAGAUUGUUAUUGAAAAAUUACUCCAUGUUACAAAAGAUGCAGUUGUGAAGGUCUCAAAUGAAGCGCACCGAUGUUUGAGUAUUGUCUUGGCUCAGUAUGAUCCGUUUCGAUGUCUUGCUGUUGUUGUGCCUCUAUUGGUCAAUGAUGAUGAAAGGACCCUCGUUGUUUGUAUCAACUGUUUGACAAAGCUUGUUGGGCGUCUUUCGCAGGAGGAAUUAAUGACUCAGUUGCCUACAUUCUUACCUGCACUUUUUGAUGCUUUCGGCAACCAGAGUCCAGAUGUUAGAAAGAAUGUUGUAUUUUGCCUGGUGGACAUCUACAUCAUGCUUGGAAAAGCUUUCUUACCACAUUUAGAAGGGCUCAGUAGCACGCAGCUGCGACUAGUGACUAUCUAUGCGAAUCGGAUCUCACAGGCACGGUCUGGUGCUCCAAUCGAUGCUAACCGUUGACGCGUGUUAAUGUGUCAUCAUCGUGUAUUUGUUUGGAUGAGUUUGGGGAGUGUCGGGAUUUCAUUCAUUUGUGUAUUUGUAAGUACAAAUAGCUGUUCCAUCUAGUAGGGAGAGGCUUGGUUUUCUUGUGUGAUGCUUUCCGGUUUUCUGUUGGGUGGGAUGGACAGUUUAGAUGGUUGUAUGUUUGAUGUAUUUUUUAUUGUACAAACGCGUGAAGGGCAGUUCCAUGGUUUUUCAUCUAACAAGACUCGGCUCGUUUUUACUUUCUGUGGCGAUGUUUAAUAGUUUGCUGUAGAUUUGAUUAUUUUGAGUGGAAACAACCUCUGGUACUUUGCACUAAAUAUGCCGCUUCUAGCUUGGUUUGGGUUAUUCCUUUCUCAUUGUAAAUGAGUGUAUGUCAAAAUUAGAAUUUUUACUUUAUCUUUUUAUACUUUUGUUGACUAUAUAAGAAAAUUUUAAUGAGGUUCUCCAA